UGGAUGUAGAGACUUAGAGUCUUCAUUCUUCAAACAUCCACCCUCUAAUAAGAGAGAAACAAAGAUAUUUACUUAGAUAGAAGUAGUAUUACAUAUUUUCAACAAAUAUGCUGAACAUCGGCAUACUAUUUCUAAUUUAUUGCCUUAGUGCUGGGGAAGCAUUUACAACCAAUUCAGAUGCAACAGGAAAGAAGCAGUACCAGAUCCAGAACGGGCCAUGCACCUACACUUUUCUGCUGCCAGAACCACAGAACUGUGAAGGUCCUUCAAGCACCUACACCAACCAAGUGCAACGAGAUGACCUGGUUGACUACGACAGCUCAGUCCAAAGAAUGGAACAACUAGAGACCAUCAUGGAGAACAACACGCAAUGGCUGCAAAAGCUGGAGAACUAUAUCCAGGAGAACCUCAAACAAGACAUGGCCCAUAUUCAAAAUGAUGUGGUGCAAAACCACACAAUGACCAUGAUCAAGAUUGGGACCAGCCUUCUGAGUCAAACAGCAGAGCAAACACGGAAAAUCACUACUGUUGAAGCACAGGUAAUUAACCAAACAACUCGACUUGAACGUCAGCUUCUUGAGAACUCCAUUUCAACCAGCAAACUGGAAAAUAAAAUUCUGCAGCAGAUAAAUGAAAUCCACAAGCUGAAUGAAAAGAACAGUUUUCUGGAAAAACGAGUGGAGGACAUUGAAGGUAACAGAAAUACUGAGCUAGAAAACUUGAAAGUGGAGAAGGAACAGCUCAAGAAGCUGGUGGAGAAGCAGACUAGCAUCAUAAAAGAGAUGGAGCAACAACUGCUCCGCACCUCCUCUGAUAAUUCAGCCAUGAAGCAGCAGCAGCAGCAGCUGACAAAUACAGUCAACAACCUAAUUCACACCAUCUCUGUGGGUAAGCAAGGUAGCAAUUCUGCAAUGAUGCAGGAUGAUCCAGAUCAGUUCAAUGACUGUGCUGCAGUCUUCAAGUUAGGGAACAAGGAAAGCGGGGUCUACUCAUUGACCAUACCUGAUACAAAACAGCAGUUCAAGGCCUACUGUGACAUGGAAACAGAUGGAGGUGGAUGGACUGUAAUACAGAAGCGCUUCAAUGGCCUUGUUGAUUUUCAUCAAACAUGGAAAAAUUACACAAUGGGGUUUGGAGACAUCUUGGGUGAACACUGGUUGGGGAAUGAAAUCAUCUCCAAGUUAACACAAGAAAAACAACACGUCCUCAGGAUAGAUCUGACAGACUGGGAGGGGAAUACAGCCUUUUCAAAAUAUGAGCAGUUCUCCCUUGAUGGAGAGAAGCAGAAUUACAGGAUACACCUCAGCAGCUACAGUGGAACAGCGGGUAGAACCAGUAGCAUGGGACAGCCAGGAAGUGAUUUCAGCACAAAAGAUGUAGACAAUGACAAAUGUAUUUGUAAAUGUUCACAAAUGCUCUCAGGAGGUUGGUGGUUUGAUGCCUGUGGACCAUCCAAUCUCAAUGGAGUAUACUACCAGCAGGGACAGAACACUAAUCGUUUCAAUGGCAUCAAAUGGUACUACUGGAAAGGUUCGGCAUAUUCACUAAAGGCCACGACAAUGAUGAUAAGACCAUCAAACUUCUGAGCCUCUAGUCUUAAGGCACAAUGAUUAUUGAUGUCACUGCUUUCCUAUCCUAUAGAGAAAAAUUUGGUGGAGAGGUGUGAUCUUCAUGCACUUCUAAUACAGGACUUCUAAUUAGAAGAUAAAGCACUUGAAAAAAAAACGUUUGUUACAGUGUCAAAUAGCUAAUUCAGUGAACAAGAAAACACGACAUGCAACGUUUUUAAAAUGGAACUUCUUCAAGGGACUUGGAUUUUGUUCAAAUAGAUGUAUUAAUACGUAUUUUUAAUUGAACUGCUGUAAAGGGGACAUACAUCUGUAAACUGAAGUACCUUGAUGCGUCACAGGAUUUCCUUAACUAUUCAUGUAGAUAAGUGGAAUCAGAACAACUUAGUGUGCUUAUUUUAUUUGUAAAUAUCAAAUUAUUUCCAAAAAUUAUAAUAUUGAUAUACUGUCAAAUAUAACCAUGGUACAAGAGUGAGUUAAAUGCAUAAAGCUGAGGAGGUUCUUUACACGUCUUACAAAUUGUUACUCUUUUAAACUGUUGUUUACACAUGGUUUAGUGCUUUGGACCUUCUUGUAGAUAUCUUAACUGUGGGCAUUUGUUGACAGUUGAUCAAACUCCACAGCAUUUCUUAAAGGGUCCCUCUUUUGCAAAAUGCAAAAGUCCCAUUUACAUGAUUUUUGAACCAUUUUUUGUCCACCGUGUGGACAACCACCCUAUAACAUUAAAAAUCCACCCACUCCUUUUUUAUAUUACCCCAAAAUCAAAAAUAUUGUCUCUAUUUUUUUGUUUUCUCUACUCAUUGUGACUUCACAAUGGAACAGGUCCCACCCAUGACUGGUGACGGGCUUUUCCCAAUUAGCAUAAAUCCUCCCGAGUAAACUGCAGUCCGCCAUGCUUGGCCCUGUCCAAAAUGGCACCCUAAACACUCGUGGUCUUCCAAGGAGUUUACACUUUCGUGUUGUAACGCCGCAUUAACAGUUGUGUAAAUGUCUGCUGGUACCAGUUUCUCUGUAUAUGACCAAGCGCUCUAUUUGAGCAAUGCUAUUAACAUCUCAUACCAUCUGUAAACUCUUGCGUCAACAAUGCAAUGACUGAUACAUUUGUAUUACAUUCCAACGAGCUUUGUUACCAGCUACACUGUGGAAAAUGAAACCAUAACCAUACCAGCUGGGCCAAAUUGACACAGAAUGGAACGGUUAAGCAAUGAGAAUGGCUUGGCCCGAUGGUGGAAAAAUGGCUUAAUUGUUCUGUUGUUGAUUAACAAUGAACAUAAGUGUUCAGCAAUUGAGCUACUGAAGACGCAUUGGAGUAGUUUUAUUUUUGAAGGGAAUGAGUGGGAAAAAAUUUUGCUAGACUGCUCAUAAAUGCAAAUGAGCAGCAGCUUAUUUGCAUUUAAAGAUACACAGUACAAACAGCAUGUUUUCGCUUCCACCCAAAAGGGGGCAUUUAAGGCAUUGUAUAAUAAAUUAUCUGUGGGGUAUUUUGAGCUGACACUUCACAGACAAAUUCUGUGGACACCUGAGACUUUUAUUACUUCUUGUAAAAAGGGGCAUAAUAGGUCUCCUUUGAAGGGCAAGUUUACCCAAAAAUUAAAAUGAAGGGUUCUUUGCUCUUAACCUUUAAAUGAUAAAAAGGUCCAAUAUAAAGAGAAAGAACCCUUUGGCACAAAGUUUGGGCUAAACAAUGCUUAAUGCACAAAUUUACAUUCUUUAACAUUAUUGUACAUUACAUUUGUGUUUUUAUUCUAAUUUAAUUUUUUCCUUUUUUUUUUUUUUGGACAGACAUUUCUCAUUGCGAAGAAAAUAACUUAAAUAUACAAUGUACCGAUACACAUUUAGGUUAAACAGAUUAAUUAGAAAAUAACUGUCAGAUUAUCCUAAUGUUACGUCUGACCAUUCCUGUACUAAUCUCUUUAAAUUGACAGGUUCAUCUAAUUAAUUAAUGCACACUAUACCAGUCUGCCAUUUAUCUGCAAACUAACAUGCAUGAUUCCUAAAAAGACUUGUUUCGGAUUUUGUCAUAAUUAUGACGUAAUAGUGCAACGAAGGAUAGUGAGAUGAGAAGGAGAGAAGAGAAAUACAGCAUCACUGGACUGAAAAUAACAUUACCUUCCAAAGGAUCCAAAUGCUAAGAAAGUGGUUAUUUAUUUUCAACUAUGUAAAUGACGAGAGCAUUAUUUGUGUGCUUGGUACAUUUUACUGUGGAUUCUUUGGUAAAUCAGUCACAAUUUUGGUGCAAGCUUUUCAAACAGUCUUUUACUAUAAGAUAUGGACCCGACAGUAAUGCCACAACAUGUAGUAAGUAACUGUGUUAAUUCUAAUGCCUAAUCUGUGAUCAGUAGUUUCUGAUAUGUUCAUAUACAGUUAAGCCCGUUCACAUAUCACAUCUUCUGUUUGCUCAAAUUCGUUAUUUUAAAUGUAGACUCAUUUAAAAUAACGGCUACAAUACUCAUCGCUGCAACCUUUCAUGCGAUGGGAGUAGAUCUAAACUGAAGUUUUACAUUGAAGUCUUACAGCAGACACGUCCCUUCCAUCAGAGUGUUCAAAUCAGAGGGCUAAAAUCAGGGUAGAAAAUUGCCUUUUAUUUCUAAAUUGACAAUUUUUAAAAAAAUUAUCCCAACAUAAGUGCACCUUAGGAGACAUUAUGCCAUUUCAUUACCUACACGAGAGAGACGGGUGCAUCAGCGAGGGAGACAAACUUGCUGAAAGAGACCUAGUGCGCACAAGAGAGACAGAAAUCUUUUCUUAAAUUUGUUAUAUUGCUAUGCAUUUUCAUUCAGUUUUACAGUAAUUGUACGCAGCAAUGCUGCAAUUUCUUUGGCAAGACAAAUUUACAAAUGUUGCAAGAAUAUGAUUUUGUAUUCCUCACUUUACAUCAAAUCGCACAGCGAAUACAAACACUAAACUCAAUAUGCAAACCUGUAAUAAAUAAUAGGGAUGUGACGAGAUCUUGUGCCACAAGAUCUCACGAGAUUAAAAUGUAUUGAGAUUUCUCGUCGAGGUGAGAAACUGUCUCGCGAUAUUGCUAUGAUGGAGUGUGAGGGUGAAAUUAGGAUAGAAUAUGCCACCGCUACAUUUACAUUAUGCCUCCACUGUCGUUUUGCUUUUUAUAGAAACAAAAACCAUUUAAGUCAGUUGGAUAAUGGUCGCUUCAAUUCCAUCCAGCUCAUCCAACAUGAGCAGCAAAGUCGUACACAGUGCAGCAGGAACCAGAGUUCACUGCAUGACAAUGAUCACGUGUGUAUCGUGUUUAUUUUCACACCUUCAGUUCCACUAAUGCUGACAAAUCUGUAUUUUUAUAACAGUUAAAGCUCUUUUCAUGUAGUCGCAAUGUAAUAUUGUGUCAUGUUUAUCAAAAUAAAAAUGAUAA